GGAGGACGGAGGAAGAGAAGAGGUACAGGCACAUUACCCCAGAUGAAUCACAGCGAGGACUCCUUGCUCUGAGUGAUAGUUUUUGACCUGAUGUUCGGUCUGGACUUGUGCCGGUCUGUCUGGAGUGAAUCCAUCCUGUGGGUCCCCUGUUUACACCUUUGGUAGAAGCUGUGGAUGCCGGGUGAAAGGCAACAUGAUUGACUACGAGCGUCCCUCUCCAUUAGGCUUCGGGCCGGCUGGGGGGAGGAGGGGUGUGUUGAUUCCUGAGCUCCCGACGCACACAUACACACACACACUGACAGCCAUGCCUCAAAGAUACUCCCACCAGAGGAGGAAAGCCAGCACAGCAGCUGCUAGGAGGAUGGAGAGGAGACGCAGGGACCAGGGGAAAAGCAGCAACAACAACCCAACCAGCAGCCACAACCACCGCUCCAAGAAGCUGGCCAUGCUCUCCAGGUCUCUGAUCCUGUGUCACUCCAAGACAAACGAUGACUGUGCAGAAGAGUGGAAUGGUGGGGAAGUGUCCGAUGGGUGCAGGACGUGGGCUCCAACCUGGGGGACAGACCUGACCGCAGGGGAUCAAACAGGGUGCAGAGAUACAGAGAAUGGACACUGCAGGACAACCCAGCAAUUAGCCUUGGAGAAAAGAGGAGGCAGUAAAGCAGAUAAUCAGCUGCAUCAUACCACCACACUCAGGGAGAAUAAACGGAGCAUACGGAGGUCCUUCAGCAUCAAGGAGAGUAGUAUCUGGAGGAUGUGUGUAGCCACAGGGCCUGCUGAGGAGGUGUGUGGACCACAAAUGGCUGAUAACAGUGUCCAGACGGAGGACAAAGACACUAAUGUGGAGCCAGGGAGGAAUGGAGGGAACCCACACAGAGGCUGCAGCUUCCUGAGCCCAGACAAGCUGGCACCCUUUAACGGACAGUUUCUAAAUGGCAGUAGUUGGAUGGAGGGGGAGGGAAUGAGGAGUGUCCACAUUAAAACCUAUAGUGAGGACACUUCCACACGUGAGGACUCUCUCCAUUCACACAGUCUGACCACGAGCCCCAGACACCCGGUUCUCAUUUCCCCGUCUGAUCCUCUAUCAUUACCUGGGUACACAGAUGAAGAACUUCUAGGCAACAACAACCACCUCAAGUUACCCAUCCCAGAGGUGAAUGAGGAGAAAUGCUGGGAAACAGAAAAGACUGGGCAGAGCACACCAGGACAGACCACCAGCAACCGGACACGGUCCAAUUCAACCAGUGUUCAUCCGUACUGGAUUGGGGAUUUGGACAGCAUCAUCAUGAAGACUCCAGAGCUAUAUACCAGUCAUCCUCAUGGGAACGGUGGUUUAUAUGGAAACAGGAAGUCUCUGUCCCAACAGCUGGAGUUUCCUCACACCAUCACACAGCCUGUGCACCGUCCCUCCCGCUCCCUCAGCUCUGCCCAGCUGGUUCACUCCUGCAGCAACGCGCAAGCCUUCAUCAUCUGUAAUAUUGUGCUGAUGAAGGGCCACGGCAAGGGUCUGGGCUUCAGUAUCGUGGGCGGGAGGGACAGCAUGUAUGGACCAAUGGGGAUCUAUGUCAAGACUAUUUUUCCUGGAGGAGCAGCAGCUGCUGAUGGACGACUGCAGGAGGGUGAUGAGAUCCUGGAGCUGAAUGGAGAGUCUCUACAUGGUCUGACUCACGAUGAAGCCCUGCACAAGUUCAAACAAAUCAAAAAGGGUCUGCUGACUCUGGUGGUGAGGACCAGCCUACGGGUGGGGGCCCUGUGUGGUCAGGCGCAGGUGGCUCAGCUGUGCAGGUCGCGCUCCCUCAGCUCCACCACAGGCAUGGCCAGGGUCAGCGCUGACAUGGGAGACUACAACUACCUGAGCAACACCUGCGGUAACACCCUGAGCGUCCCGGGUCAGCCUGCUAAACCGAGAGAUCGCGUCAUGAUGGAGAUCGUCCUGCAGAAAGAGGCUGGUGUUGGUUUGGGUAUCGGACUGUGCUGUGUUCCAUCCGGUGACGGAUGCCCUGGGAUCUACAUCCACACCCUGUCUCCUGGAUCAGUAGCACAUAUGGAUGGUAGACUCCGGUGUGGAGAUGAGAUAAUGGAGAUCAAUGACACUGUGGUGUACAACAUGGCACUGAAUGACGUCUACACAGUCCUGAGCCAGUGCACGCCAGGUCCAGUCCACAUCAUCAUCAGUCGCCACCCCGACCCUAAAGUAUCAGAGCAGCAGCUAAAUGAUGCUAUUGCUCUGGCAGUGGAAAACAGCAAACUCAGAAAGGAUAAAAGCCAAUGGAGUAUUGAUGGACUUCGCAGACCAGAGUCUUGCUCUCACAGUCGGCAGAGAUGCGAGCACUGUCUAGAGAGGAGUUUCAGUCAGCUCACAGUCCGACGAGCACAGAAAACCAUGACACGCUCCUGCAGCGACAACACCAACAGCCACCACCACCACAACCGCUGCCUCACCAUCCACAGCCUCCACAACGCACACCAUAACCCAUCAAUCCGCGUCCACAGCCUCGAUGCACCAAAGUCUAUGACGGACACAUGGUCUGACAACAGACUAUCAGCACCUGUGUAUCCUGAUGAAGACUACAACAUCCCAUACAACUCUCCUGCUGCCAACCUCUCCAGUCAGCAGGCCUUGGAUCUGGCCUUCAGGGGCAACAAGUCCAACUGCAGGGUGCGUGCCACUCCACGUCGGUACUGCUGGCCUCAGGAUGUGACCAGUGAGGAGGGUUAUAAUGGAGACUCCAGUGGCUCCAGUAGAGGAUCCCCAGUUAGAGACGAUGGACUGGAGCCCUCAUCACAAGUUAGCUGCCAGCAGGAAGGAGAACGAAUAAGAGAACAGUCAGAGGGGAGCAGAGAAGAUUUCACUCAUCCAGAUUCUGCAACCUGCACCGACGACAGACUACAUAUAGGUGAUUCAUCAUCAGUGCUCUGCUCACAGCCAAAGAGAGGAGCUCUGAGGAGACAGGCUCGGGUUGAACAACAUAACCAAGAGCAGCUUCAGGAUCCCUGGGUUCGCCUUUCAGACAGCUCCCCCGAAGAACUGCCUGAGAUACACCACCAACACACUCCAGACAACAAACAGCCUGUUGUUAACGUCCACAGCAAGCCUGCCAAUAUGAGUGACGAAGAGAACGCCACCGAGAUCAACGGCACAGCCACAGAUGUGACUUCAGAUCCUCAGCCCGACACGACUCCUGAAAACUCAUCUGAAGCUCCUUCAGAAUCAAAGAAAGGUCCUCCAGUGGCACCCAAGCCCAUCUGGUUUCGCCAGAGUCUGAGGAAAAUUAGAGACGAGCAGGACCAGAAGAAGCGAGUUAAGCCUGCAGAGCCGAGACCCGCGGUGGGUUUCAGAAGCUUUGGAGCCAGAUCCGCUUCAUCUGGAGCCAACCUGUCAAUCAAACAAAAGAUCCACUCGUUUGAGACUUUUUCAACUCCAGAAGAUCCAGAGAAGGUGGGGAGCAGGAGGCCUGUGGCCCCGUCCACCUCCCUUCCUCUGAUGGAGAAGGAGUCCAGGAGUCACCCUUCACCUUCACAUGAGGACUGUGGGAACAGGAAGCAUGAAAUCCCCAAAGAGAUCCAGUCAAACCAGUCUGCAUCUGUUCAGGAGACAGACAACACCAUCACUGCCAUUACCUCCACCAGACCUGAGACGUGUGAAGAUGAUCCUCCCUCCAUCCAGACCCCCGCAGAUCCCCCAGCCUCCGACACCAUCAGCAGCGAUCUAGACUCUGAGAUCAACGAUUCUCAUUCAGCUCCAGCCCACGACGACAACGUCUUACCAUCCAAACAGGAGUCUGAACUAGAAAGAGCAGAUCUCAGCGACCCUGUGACGUCUCCAAGAUCCAAUCAAGACGAAGGGGAAAGUCGUCCAGAGGGGACAGAGGAGGAAGGAGAACCAAGACAAGGAAAUCUGCAGAGCACAACCAUGAGUGCUGGUCCACCUGCAGACAGUAACUCCCGAGAGAGAGGCCUGGAGGGAGAGAGUUUAGGGAAAAUUCGCUUCAGUAACCAGGUUUCACAAGCACUGAUGCGCUCUCCACCCGGGUACUCCAGCCACGGUAACCAGCAUGACCCCUCUGCAGAUUUAACUAACCCUGAGGGGUCCGAACCUGCUGGGGACAGUACAGACAGAGGAUUCUCCGUCAGUUUGGCCACACUGAGAGAGUGCACCAUCGAGCGAGGGGAGGGUGGAUCUCACAACGAGGCGGGAGUCACUUCUGCUUGUGCUCACUCUGUCAUCUCAGCCAUCCCUUCACAGGAAGUACAGAGGCUGAUCAAGGAAGUUACAAGUCUGGACGAAGAGACUCUGAAGCAACUGGUGGACAUCCAUGUUGUGAUUCUGCACAAAGAGGAAGGAGCUGGGCUCGGCUUCAGCAUCGCUGGGGGGUCUGACCUGGAGAGCAAAGCUCUGACAGUCCACAAAGUGUUUCCCAGCGGCCUGGCGGCUCAGGAGGGAACCAUUCAGAAAGGAGACGAGGUGUUGUCUAUAAACGGACAGACGCUACGCGGCGUCACGCACGCCGACGCCACCACCGCUCUGCGUCAGGCUCGCAACCUGAAGCUGGCCGUGGUGGUCAUCUGCAAGAGAGCGGAAGAGGAAGGAAGAGAGGGAGGAGGCUGCAAGAGCGAAGAGCCCAACCCUGCAGUGGAGGAGCAGGGAGCUCCGGUGAGCGUGGAGCUGGAGAAAGGAGCCGGAGGAGUCGGGUUUACUCUGGAGGGAGGAAAAGGCUCGAUCCACGGAGACAGACCUUUAGUCAUCAACAGGAUCUUCAAAGGUGGAGCUGCAGAGCAGAGCGGUCUGCAGUGUGGAGAUGAACUGCUGCAGGUCCAGGGAGUCAGUCUGCAGGACAUGACGCGGUUCGAGGCCUGGAACAUGAUCAAGGCUUUACCCGAUGGACCCGUCACGGCGGUCAUCAGGAGGAGGCAGGGGGGCACAGAAUGAGACAUAGCUGCUGCUGGAAAAUACUCACAAAAGAAAAGAAAAGAAAGAAAAGAAACAGUAGCACUUAAGGCACACCAACGUUGGCCUUCUGACUAUCUCCUAGAAAUCCGUUAUCAGCUAGUCUUUCUUAUGUCAAGAUUAUUAAAGGGUCAGCUCACCCAAAACCAAUCCAAUCCACAUCUUCUCACUUACACAUUACGGUAUGUAGCCAUGCAGACAGCUUAUGUAAUCCGCACAUCUCACCAUCAAUAUUUUUUUGUAUCUUCAGUAGAAAGAGGUUUCAGUGAUCGCUCUAUAGUUUUACACAGAGUCAGUGUCAUGCUCACAAAUACAAAAAUCAUGAUCUCAAGUAAACAAAAUGUGUGCACAGAUUACUAAUUAUUGUCCUCCAAUGACUGAAUUUGUUGCUCUUGGAUCAAAUCCAAAUAAAUAAUGUGGAAAACAAGCUAAAAUCCCUAAAGUGUAUCCCUGCAUCUGACUCAAAACAGACAGCUCAUUGGUUCAUUUUUCCUACACAAGAAUUAAAAUAACUUGUCAGGCAUCAGAAUCAACAUUCACAGUUCAUAACAACACAAAGACAAGUCAUCCAACAGUAAAAAUCUUCAAUGUUAAGUGUAAAAAGUUAAAAAGAGGUUAUGUCAUGACAUCUUAAUUAAAAUAUUAUAAAAGAUAUAAGAAUAAAAGAUGUUUUCUAUGGCCUUAUCCUGGUCAGGAGGACUCUGUAACGCCGGCUGUUUGAUCACAGAGGCCUUCCUAGUCACUGACCUGAUGUACAACCUGUUAUCUUACUGUUCUGUCUGCUAAUCUGAGAAGGUUCUGUCUUAUCUGGGCUGCACACUAGUGAAACAGCAUCUAAUACAGCAUCACAACUGCACAAAAAAAGUGUUGACAGGACAUCGACUAAUGUAACAAAUGUGAUAACCAACUAUUAAUAUGAAGGUACCUUGAAGAUUAUAUUGUCAGGCCAUGGACAAUAUUAUCUGCUUGGAUUUCAAACAGAUUUCCUUUGAUUUAGAUGGCAGCAAAUGUUAACAAUAUGUUUAAUGCAUAAAAUUAAGUCAUUCAAGAGCAUGAAAUAGUAAUUUGUGCACAAACUUUUUUCUUCUUGAGGCUUCUUUUCUCUCUUAUUCAUGUUUGCUCUAAUACAAGGAGGUAAAUACAGUUGUCUCCUAAAAUAUAUGACGUUUAUAUAUGUCAAAACUAUGAGCAUAAGAGACUGUGCAACCUCCUUUAAAAAGCACUGUGUAAAAAAAACACAAUGUUAUCUGCAGCUUUAGGUAGAAAUACCUAGAAAAACCUGACACUGGACUUAAAAACAAAUCCAUCACAGUAUGAAACAGCAGGCCACCAAUCAGGCCAUGUGAGCCACUUAACAUAUCAUGAAAGACAGAUUUUAGCUAAUGUGAGGCAGGUGGUCCACCCCCCCCCCCCCAUCCACCCCCCGCCCCCUCCUCUCGCUCGCCGCAGCAGCUGCCUGACAGAUCAGUCUGAUUCAGUUCAGACAUUUGCACAAAUCUGAAGGAGAAGGGAAGAACUACAGGAGAUCGGUACAAUAACAAACCUGUACAGAACAAUUCAACCCAAUACAAAAAUCCUGUGCUGCUGUUGUCCUUGACUGAUUAAAAUUGUGACGUGUUUCAAGUACAGGUGUUGUUUUUAAUGUUCCUGUAUGUUUGGUCUAUAAUGAGAAGAAAAACAAAUAUGCAGUCACAUGUAAACAAAGAGAAUCAUAUAUAUUUGAGUCGAUUUUUCUCAGCAGUGGUACUGUAUGUAUAUAUAUAUAUAUAUAUAUAUAUAUAUA